AUGGGGUUAUUCAGAAGUUUUGUCUUCUUCUUGGCCCUAUACCUGCUGCAGGGGUCCAAUACUUCCCUUGUUCGGCUGGAUAACAAUGGCUACGAGGGCAUUAUCAUUGCUAUAGACCCUGCUGUGCCAGAAGAUGAAACACUAAUUCAACAGAUAAAGGACAUGGUGACUGCAGCAUCUACUUAUCUGUUUGAAGCCACAGAAAAAAGAUUUUUUUUCAAAAAUGUAUCAAUAUUAAUUCCAGAGAAUUGGAAGAAAAUCAUUCAGUACAAGAGGCCAAAGCAUGAAAGUUACAAACAUGCUGAUGUUUUAGUCUCACCACCUACCCUCCCCGGUAGAGAUGAACCAUAUACCAAGCAGUUCACAGGCUGUGAAGGAAAAGGAGAAUACAUUCACUUCACCCCUGACUUUGUACUUGGAAAAAAACAAAAUGAAUUUGGACCAUCAGGUAGACUGUUUGUUCAUGAGUGGGCCCAUCUCCGCUGGGGAGUGUUUGAUGAGUACAAUGAUGAUGAGCCUUUCUACAGCGCUAACACAAAGAAAAUUGAAGCAACAAGGUGUUCCACAGGCAUUACUGGUAUAAACAGAGUGUAUAAGUGUCAAGGAAACAGCUGUGUAGCUAAGGGAUGCAAAAUUGAUUCCAAGACAAAACUGUAUGAAAAAGAUUGUCAGUUCUUCCCUGAUAAAUAUCAAACUGAAAAGACAUCCAUAAUGUUUAUGCAAGGUAUUGAUUCUGUCGCUGAAUUCUGUAAUAACAAAACCCAUAACCGUGAAGCUCCAAGCCUACAAAACAAAAUGUGCGAUUUCAGAAGCACAUGGGAGGUGAUCAGCAGUUCUGAGGACUUUAGAAACACAGUGGCUAUGGUGGCACCACCCCCUCCGCCUGUCUUCUCAUUGCUAAAGAUCAGUGAAAGAACUGUGUGCUUAGUCCUUGAUAAGUCUGGAAGCAUGGCUGGUUCUAAUCGCCUAAAUCGAAUGAAUCAAGCAGCAAAACAUUUCCUGCUUCAGACCGUUGAAAAUGGAUCCUGGGUGGGGAUGGUGCACUUUGACAAUACUGCCUACAUCAAAAGUAAUCUAAUCCAAAUAAUAAGCAGCAAUGAAAGAAGACAGCUCUUGGCGAGUUUACCUACAGCUGCUGGUGGAGGAACUUCCAUCUGCAGCGGAAUUAAAUCAGGAUUUCAGGUAAUUGGAAAUAAUUACUCCCAAAUAGAUGGAUCUGAAAUAGUGCUGCUGACUGAUGGGGAGGAUAGCUCUGCAAACACCUGUAUUGAUGAAGUGAAACAAAGUGGGGCCAUAAUUCACUUUAUUGCUCUGGGACCAAAUGCCGAUCAAGCAGUCAUAGAGAUGAGCAAUGUAACAGGAGGAAAACAUUUUUAUGCUUCAGAUGAAGCCCAGAACAAUGGCCUCAUUGAUGCUUUCGCGGCCCUUGCAUCAGGAAACACCGAUGCCUCCCAGCAAUCUCUUCAGCUUGAAAGUAAGGGAUUAAAACUCGACAGUACUGACUGGAUGAACGGCACUGUAAUAAUUGAUAGCACUGUGGGAAAGGACACAUUCUUUCUCAUCACAUGGAACCAACAGCUUCCCGUUAUUUCUCUCUUGGAUCCCACUGGAAACUCAGUGGGAAAUUUCAUAGUGGAUUCACCUUCCAAAAUGGCCUAUCUCAGUAUUCCAGGAACUACAAAGGUGGGUGUUUGGACUUACAGUCUUCAAGCAAAUGCAAAAGGGGAGACAUUAACUAUAACAGUAAAUUCUCGAGCGGCAAAUUCUUCUGUGCCUCCAAUCACAGUGAGUGCUAAAAUGAAUAAAGAUACAAACAGCUUCCCCAGCCCAAUGAUUGUUUAUGCAGAAAUUCUACAAGGGUAUAUACCCAUUCUUGGAGCCAAUGUGACUGCUUUCAUUGAAUCGAAUACUGGGAAAACAGAAGUUUUGGAACUUUUGGAUAAUGGUGCAGGUGCUGAUUCUUUUAAGAAUGAUGGAGUCUACUCCAGAUAUUUUACAACUUAUAAAGAAAAUGGCAGAUAUAGCUUGAAAGUACGGGCUCAUGGAGGAGAAAAUGCUGUCAUGCGAAACUUAUGGCAUCCACUGAAUAGAGCUGCAUAUAUACCAGGCUGGGUAGUGGAUGGGAACAUUAAAGGGAAUCCACCAAGACCUGAAAUUGAUGAGAACACUCAGACAAACUUGGAGAGUUUCACCAGAACAGCAUCUGGAGGUGCAUUUGUGGUUUCAAACGUUCCAAGUGAUCCCUCCUUGACUGACGUCUUCCCACCAAGUCAAAUCACAGACCUUAAGGCCACAUCAGAUGAGGAUGAGAUCAGUCUAACAUGGACAGCACCAGGAGAUGAUUUUGAUGUUGGAAGAGUUCAAAAGUAUAUCAUAAGAAUAAGCGGAAGUAUCCUGGAUCUAAGGGAUAAUUUUGAUGAUGCGCUGCAAGUAAACACUACUGAUCUGUUACCAAAUGAGGCCAACUCCAAGGAAAACUUUACAUUCAAACCAGGAAAUAUCUCAGAAGAAAAUGCAACCCACAUAUUCAUUGCCAUUAAAAGUGUGGAUAAAAGCAAUUUGACAUCAAGGGCAUCUAACAUUGCACAAGUAGCUUUGUUUGUUCCUCAACCAGAUGACAUACCUGAUGGAAUUCAUCCAGAUCCUACUCCUGAUAAAAAUCCCCCUAAGUCCGGACUCAGCAUUUCUACUUUGGUGGUGUUAGUGGUUGGCACUGUGAUAAUUGUCAGUCUGAUUUUGAGUAUCACCAUUUGUGUCUUAAGCAGGAAAAGAAAUUCUAGCAGACCUAGAACAGGGUUUUAA